CUCGGGGGCCCACCGUCGCCUCGGCCGGGCCGCUGUGCCUUGGCCACCGCAUAGCCAUGGCUGGGGGCCGAGGGGCCCCCGGGCGCGGCCGGGCUGAGCCCCAGGAGAGCUAUUCGCAGCGACAGGACCACGAACUGCAGGCCCUGGAGGCCAUUUACGGCUCCGACUUCCAAGACCUGCGGCCGGACGCGCGCGGACCGGUCAAAGAGUCCCCUGAAAUCAAUUUAGUUCUGUACCCUCAGGGCCUGACUGGUGAAGAAGUAUAUGUGAAAGUGGAUUUGAGAGUUAAAUGCCCACCAACCUACCCAGAUGUAGUUCCUGAAAUAGAGUUAGAGAAUGCUAAAGGUCUAUCAAAUGAAAGUGUUAAUUUGCUAAAAUCCCGCCUAGAGGAAUUGGCCAAAAAACACUGUGGGGAGGUGAUGAUAUUUGAGCUGGCUUACCAUGUGCAGUUAUUCCUCAGUGAGCAUAACAAGCCCCCUCCAAAGUCUUUCCAUGAAGAAAUGCUGCAAAGGCAGGCUCAAGAGGAGCAGCAGAGGCUGCUGGAGGCCAGGCGGAAGGAGGAGCAGGAGCAACGUGAAAUCCUUCAUGAGAUUCAGAGGCGAAAAGAGGAGAUAAAAGAAGAGAAAAAAAGGAAAGAAAUGGCUAAGCAGGAACGUCUGGAAAUUGCUAUUUUGUCAAACCAAGAUCAUAUCGCUAAGAGAGACCCAGGAGGACACAGAACAUCUUCGCUGCUACAUGGAGGCUCUCCUGACUUUGUAGGAAAUGGUAAACCACGUGCAAACUCCUCAGGAAGGUCCAGGCGAGAACGUCAGUAUUCUGUAUGUAGUAGUGAAGACUCUCCUGGCACCUGUGAAAUCCUGUAUUUCUGUUUGGGUGGUCCUGAUCAGCUCAUGGUGCACAAAGGGAGGUGUAUAGGCAGUGACGAACAUCUGGGAAAAUUAGUUUAUAAUGCUUUGGAAACAGCCACGGGCAGCUUUGUCUUGUUGUAUGAAUGGGUCCUUCAGUGGCAGAAAAAAAUGGGCCCAUUCCUCACAAGUCAGGAAAAAGAGAAGAUCGAUAAAUGCAGAAAGCAGAUUCAAGGAGCAGAAACAGAAUUCAGCUCACUGGUGAAGCUGAACCAUCCAAACAUAGUUCGCUACUUUGCAAUGAGCUUCAGAGAGCAAGAGGACUCCAUCGUGGUGGACAUUUUAGUGGAGCACACUGGUGGGGUCUCUCUUGCUGUACACCUAAGCCACUUGGGCCCCAUCCCCAUGCACCAGCUUCGCAAAUACACAACACAGCUCCUAUCAGGUCUCGAUUAUCUCCAUAGCAACUCUGUGGUGCACAAGGUCUUGAGUACAUCAAAUGUCCUGGUGGAUGCUGAGGGUACUGUCAAGAUAACAGACUACAGCAUUUCUAAGCGCUUGGCAGACAUUUGCAAGGAGGAUGUGUUUGAGCAAACCCGAGUUCGGUUCAGUGACAAUGCCUUGCCUUAUAAAACAGGGAAGAAAGGGGAUGUGUGGCGCCUUGGCCUUCUGCUACUGACCCUUAGCCAAGGACAAGAGUGUGAAGAGUACCCAGUGACCAUUCCCAGUGACUUACCAACUGACUUCCAAGAUUUCCUGAAGAAGUGUGUUUGCCUGGAUGACAAGGAAAGAUGGACCCCUCAGCAGCUGCUGAAACACAGCUUUGUAAACCCUCAGCCAAAAAUGCCUUUAGUGGAACAAAGUCCUGAAGAUUCUGGAGGACAAGAUUAUGUUGAGACUGUUAUUCCUAGCAACCAGCUGCCCAGUGCUGCAUUCUUCAGUGAGACACAGAGACAAUUUUCCCGAUACUUCAACGAGUUUGAAGAAUUACAGCUCCUCGGCAAAGGAGCUUUUGGAGCAGUCAUCAAGGUGCAGAACAAGCUGGACGGCUGCUGCUACGCGGUGAAGCGCAUCCCCAUCAACCCGGCCAGCAGGCACUUCCGCAGGAUCAAGGGCGAGGUGACGCUGCUGUCGCGCCUGCACCAUGAGAACAUCGUGCGCUACUACAACGCCUGGAUCGAGAGGCAUGAGCGGCCCGCUGUGCCGGCCACGCCGCCUCCAGACUCGGACUCCAGUGCCCUGGCCCCCGGAGGACCAGGGCGGGCGGCGGGCGCCGAGGAGGCGGGCAGCGUGGAGGCCGCCGCACCUCCGCCCAUCCUCAGCAGCUCGGUGGAGUGGAGCACCUCAGCUGAGCGCUCCACCAGCGCCCGCUUCCCAGUGUCCGGCCCAGGCUCCAGCAGUGACGAGGACGACGACGAUGAGCACGACGGUGUCUUCUCACAGUCCUUCCUGCCUGCUUCAGAUUCUGAAAGUGACAUUAUCUUUGACAAUGAAGAUGAAAAUAGUAAAAGUCAGAAUCAGGAUAAAGACUGCAAUGAAAAGGACACUUGCCAAGAAAGUGAGCCAUCGGUGACAACCAAGGCUGUGCAUUACCUGUACAUCCAGAUGGAGUACUGUGAAAAGAGUACUUUACGUGACACCAUUGACCAGGGGCUGUAUCAAGACACUGUCAGACUCUGGAGGCUUUUUCGAGAGAUUCUGGAUGGAUUAGCUUAUAUCCACGAGAAAGGAAUGAUUCACCGGGAUUUGAAGCCUGUCAACAUUUUUUUGGACUCUGAUGAUCAUGUGAAAAUAGGUGAUUUUGGUUUGGCAACAGACCAUCUAGCCUUUGCUGCUGAUGGCAAACAGGACGAUCAGGCAGGAGAUCACUUGAUUAAGUCAGACCCUUCAGGCCAUUUGACUGGCAUGGUUGGCACUGCUCUGUAUGUCAGCCCUGAGGUCCAAGGAAGCACCAAGUCUGCGUACAACCAGAAAGUGGAUCUCUUCAGCCUAGGAAUUAUCUUCUUUGAGAUGUCUUAUCAUCCCAUGGUGACAGCCUCAGAAAGAGUCUUCAUUCUCAACCAGCUCAGAGAUCCUGCUUCACCCAAGUUUCCAGAAGACUUCGAUGAUAGUGAACAUACAAAGCAGAAAUCUGUCAUCUCCUGGCUGUUGAACCACGAUCCAGCAAAACGGCCCACAGCCACAGAGCUGCUCAAGAGUGAGCUGCUGCCCCCACCCCAGCUGGAGGAGUCAGAGCUACAUGAAGUGUUGCAUCACACACUGGCCAACAUGGACGGGAAGGCCUACCGCACAAUGAUGGGCCAGAUCUUUGCUCAGCGCAUCUCCCCCGCCAUAGACUAUACCUACGACAGUGACAUACUGAAGGGCAACUUCUCCAUCCGCAUAGCCAAGAUACAACAACAGGUGUGUGAAACCAUCAUCCGCAUCUUUAAAAGACAUGGAGCUGUUCAGCUGUGUACCCCACUACUGCUUCCCCGGAACAGACAAAUCUACGAGCACAAUGAAGCCGCCGUGUUCGUGGACCCCAGCGGGAUGCUGGUGAUGCUUCCUUUUGACCUGCGGGUCCCUUUUGCAAGAUAUGUGGCAAGAAAUAACAUACUGAAUUUAAAACGAUACUGCAUAGAACGGGUAUUCAGACCUCGCAAGUUAGAUCGAUUUCAUCCCAAAGAACUUCUGGAAUGUGCAUUUGACAUCGUCACUUCUACUACCAACAGCUCUCUGCCCACUGCCGAAACCAUCUACACAAUCUAUGAAAUCAUCCAAGAGUUUCCUGCACUUCAGGAAAGAAAUUACAAUAUUUACUUGAACCAUACAAUGUUAUUGAAAGCAAUACUCUUACACUGUGGGAUUCCAGAAGAUAAACUCAGCCACGUCUACGUGAUUCUGUACGAUGCUGUGACAGAGAAGCUGACGAGGAGAGAGGUGGAAGCUAAAUUCUGUAAUCUAUCAUUGUCUUCUAACAGCCUGUGUAGGCUCUACAAGUUCAUCGAGCAGAAGGGAGAUUUGCAAGACCUCACGCCAACAAUAAAUUCAUUAAUAAAACAGAAAACAGGUGUUGCCCAGUUGGUGAAGUAUGGCCUAAAAGAUCUAGAGGAGGUUGUCGGACUGCUGAAGAAACUUGGCAUAAAGUUACAGAUCUCCAUCAACUUGGGCUUGGUGUACAAGGUGCAGCAGCACACGGGCACCAUCUUCCAGUUCGUAGCAUUCAGCAGACGCAGGCAGAGGCUUGUGCCCGAGAUCCUGGCAGCUGGAGGCAGAUACGACCUGCUGAUUCCCAAGUUUCGAGGUCCACAGGCUCUGGGGCCAGUUCCCACUGCUGUCGGUGUCAGCAUAGCCAUAGACAAGAUAUUUGCUGCUGCCCUCAACAUGGAAGAACCUGUUACAGUAAGCUCCUGUGACCUCCUGGUUGUCAGUGUUGGCCAGAUGUCCAUGUCCAGGGCCAUUCACCUGACCCAGAAACUCUGGACAGCAGGGAUCACAGCAGAAGUCAUGUAUGACUGGUCACAGUCCCAAGAGGAAUUACAGGAGUACUGCAGACAUCAUGAAAUCACCUAUGUGGCCCUGGUCUCGGAUAAAAAAGGAAGCCAUGUCAAGGUGAAAUCUUUUGAGAAGGAAAGGCAAACAGAGAAGUGUGUGCUGGAAUCGGAUCUUGUGGAGCAUGUUAUGCAGAAACUGAGGACUAAAGUCAGUGAUGAAAGGAACAUCAGAGAAGCUUCUGAUAAUCUUGCUGUACAAACUCUGAAGGGGUCGUUUUCUAAUGCUUCAGGUUUGUUUGAAAUCCAUGGAGCAACUGUAGUUCCCAUCGUGAGUGUGAUAGCCCCAGAAAAGCUGUCAGCCAGCACCAGAAGGCGGUACGAGGCUCAGGUACAAACCCGACUUCAGAAUGCCCUUGCCAAUUUACAUCAGAAAAGCAGUGAAAUUGAAAUUUUGGCUGUGGAUCUACCAAAAGAAACAAUCUUACAGUUUUUAUCAUUAGAGUGGGAUGCCGAUGAGCAGGCAUUCAACACAAGCGUGAACCAGCUGCUGCCACGCCUGCCAAAGCAAAGGUACCUCAGAGUAGUCUGUGAUGAAAUUUAUAACAUCAAAGUUGAAAAAAAGGUGUCAGUGCUCUUUUUGUAUAGCUACAGAGAUGACUACUAUAGGAUCUUAUUUUAACCCUAAACAACUGUCAUUACAUUGUUCAAAUGGAUAGGAGCUUACACUAUAGAAUCACAGAAUGUUGUACAUUCAGUGUCAUCUCAAAUUAACUUUAAAUUCUAAGAAGCUGUCCUACAAAGUUGAGCUUUGUUGGUUUUUCAUAUGUAAUGUACUAUCUUUUUUAUUAUAAUAAAUGUUUUCCUAUUUUU